GCGUGUGUAUAUAUACUUGUGGUGGAGUGAAAAACAGGACAUGGGGCGUGCUUCAUGCUCUGAUGAAAUGGGAUUGAAGAAGGGCCCUUGGACUCCUGAAGAAGAUCAGAUUCUUGUUGCUUAUAUUAACAAGAAUGGACAUGGGAAUUGGCGGGCACUGCCCAAACAAGCAGGACUUAUGCGAUGUGGUAAGAGUUGUCGACUGCGGUGGACAAAUUAUCUGAGACCAGACAUCAAACGUGGCAACUUUAGUCUAAAGGAGGAGCAGACAAUCAUCCAACUCCAUCAAAUCUUGGGGAACAGAUGGUCAGCUAUUGCCUCACAUCUCCCGGGAAGAACAGACAACGAGAUAAAGAACGUAUGGAACACCCAUCUGAAGAAGCGUUUGCUCCAAAUAGGAGUAGACCCAGUAACCCACGCUCCUCGAGGUUACACAUUCUACUCUCCAAAUGCCCACCACAUCCACGAAUUCAAAAGACAAAGAACCCCAAGAAAAUCCUCAGCAAAAGAACCCAACACAAGCAAUGCUAGUCAGAGCAAGCAAAGUUCAGAAACACUAGAGCAGCCAGCAGAAGUAAUGGGUAGUGAAGAAAAUAAUACAUUAUUGCAGUCACGGGUAGAAGAACAGGAAGCUUGCCAUGCUCCUGUUUCCCCCAAGUCGGUAGCCAACUAUUCAUCCUACUCAAGUGACUCUUCCCAACAUUCCACAGAGGCAAUGGAGCUACUCUCAUCUGUCUAUGGAUUCAAUGAAAUCAACCCACAAAAUGUAACAUUGGAUAGAACAGAUAAGAAAUCAAUGGACUACAAUAGUCUUCUUCAGUGCAGCUAUGCCGACUCCAUGAACUUCAUGGUGGACCAAGAUCAAGAAAUGAGUUACCAGCUUGACUGCAAACCACCUCCAGCUCUCAGUGACCACAACUUCGUCAGCCUGGCCAAUUUGGGUAUACGUGAAAGUGACAAGACGUACCCGGACAUGCAACAGAACACUCCGUAUGACUACACUGCAGACCUAAAUUUUGCUAACUUGGGUAACAAUGUCAAUGAGUUAUGCUCACACGAGUUGUCUCUAUGGCCAACAAAGCAGCACAGCAGUUUGGGGGACUCAGUGAAUAAAAUGUCAGUUGUGGGGAAUGGGAAUGCUAAUAGUAGUAGUAACUGUAACUUCUCUGUGGAACAAUUUCUAGAACUGGCUGAUCAAAGCACGAUGGGAAUGGAAGGAGGGAAGCAGUGUGAGGAAGUGUGGCCAUGGUGGGAGAUGAAAGGAGGAGAUGAAGCACAGGUACAAGGGGGGCAUAAUUGUAGCAUGAGUGUGGGAAUGGAGUACUGGGUAAACCUUUUGCGACAGGUGGGGCCCUUGCCUUUUCUUGACUCCAUCUCUGAGAACUGAUGAUCCCUCCCUUCCUCAGCCAUAAUUUAGCUGCUAUGCUCUAUCUGAGCUCUGGGCUUUGACCUCUCUGUCAAUAUGGCUUCUUUCUUUCUUUCUCUCUUUCUUUACUUAUACUUCGCUCAAUGAAAGGAAGUGCAAUCCCUCCUAUGUGGGAUGCAAGUGUGCUUUGUCUUUCUUGUUUCUUGUUUUCAUUUGUAUGUGUGGUCUCUCUGUACAUGUCAUAAAAUGAUGGACUGUUACUCGUAUUGGUGUCUCCCAUGGCAGGAACCAUGAUGGUUGUAUUUGUUGCGUCCUCUCGUACCUUCCAUCUAAUGAAAAUCAGCUUUGAUUGUUUA